AUGUCUCCGAAACCUAUUUUUCGUGAAUACAUUAUCGGUUCAAAGGAUGUCCCACCCAUUGAAGGUUUCGCAGUCGAAAUCAUCAACAAAAGAAUCCCACAAUUCCACUUCAUUUUGGCCUUUGCCUCAGAUGAUUACGUUGAGGAUGGAAGCGGAAAGAAACAAGGGAAGGGAAAUUUCCGUGCAAAUUGGAACGUGACAAAGUUCAGCGCUAAAAGUAUCAGAGAACUAAAGGCAGAUUACGAGGGUGUGAAGGUGGUAAUAAGCCUUGGAGGUCGUGGCACCGAUUUUCCAUUCAAUCCUAAAGACAAAGAAAUAUGGAUUGAUAAUGCCAAGAAAUCACUGAACGAGAUAAUAUCAGUGCUCUACAAGUUUCAUCAUGAAACUGUGAUUGAUGGCAUUGACAUCAACUAUGAGCACAUCGAAUCCAGUGAAGAUGACUUUGCUUACUGCAUAGGCAAAGUCAUAGAUUACCUCCAAACCACAAUCAGUGGACUCGUGGUCUCCAUUGCACCCUCAGACCCUGUCCUUUCCCACUACAAGCAGUUGUUCAAGGCUAAUCCAAACCGUAUUCACUGGGUCAACUACCAGUACUACGAUCAGAAAGUCCCCAGCACACACGAAUUUGUCAACCUCCACAAAACCCUAAUAGACACCUUCGGUGUUGACAAGCUCUUGGCAGGUUUCAGCACUGAUCCAAACGACAAGGGUAACAUAUCCCUUGAGAUCUUCGUUGAGGGUGUCCUACAACUCAUCGCAUCUGGUUCACUUGCUGGAAUUUUUGUUUCAGAUGCUCAGUCCUCCCGCUUGAUUGAGCCUCCCCUCUAUGUUGAGAAAAAGGCACAAGAGAUCCUCACUGGAUCCCAUUAG